AUGCUUCGCGAGUUUCCUAGAGCACUCGCUAUUCUGCUUAUUCCACUCUUUCUGAUAUAUUCAUCUAUCUUUGCCUGUGUCAAGAACCGCCAUUCCAUCUCCCAAGUUCUCGCCGCGGGCGCAAUCUUCACACUCUGGUGCAGUCCACAUGCCGCCCCAGUAAACUGCGGCGCCGCGCGCGCUCUCCUUAACUUCCCAAUCGCAAUCGGCACCAUGAAGCUACUGGAUGUUCUCAUUCGCCGCGACAACCUCCCCGAGUACACCGCUGGCCCGAAACCCUCCGAUUCGAUAUUCGCCCUAAUCCUCCUAACUGAACUUCGCUACGAAUCGUUCUCACCUAAUUACGUCCGCCUACCAAAACACAUCAAACUGUUUUCAGAGCCUAUCCAGCUAUGCAUUCACGCAGCAGCGUUCGCGGUGCUCCAGUCACUCCCGCAAGUGCCCCCCGUCCUAGCCUACGAGAUCCUGCUUUCGCUCUACAUCAUCUUCACCUCAAUGCAGCUUCUCCUCCGCUACAAGAACUCGCCACCUCUCUUUGCGCCUCUGUAUCUCAUAGACAGCUUCUCCGGCUUCUGGGCGGAGACUUGGCAUAACUGCUUCACGGCCCCCUGCAUGACUCUAGCAUACAGCCCCAUCUACAAGCUCGUCCUCGCAUCGCGCCUCCCCAAAUCUGUCGCCAGGGUCGCGGGGGUACUGGCCUCCUUUUCCUUCAUGGCCAUCUUCCACAUGUACACCCUGGCGCCAUUGCUGUCGCAGGAAGGCGUCAAGCGGAUAGGCUUGUUCUUCGUUGUCAACGGAAUCGUCACCGUCAUCGAAGUAGCUGUCUGGGGAAAGAAGAGGCACUGGGUUCGAGCUGCGCUAUCGUGGAUUGGGGAGUUGGUUAUUGCCAGCUGGGUCGUGAUGGCCGUCCCGUUCGCGGAGGGCUUGAUGAACUUGGACUGGCGGGGGAUUUGCAGACCUAGAGAAUACAUGUGAGCCGGAACGGUUGCUUG